AUGAGUUUAAUGAAGAAGAGAUCUAGCUUCGGCAAGAAAUAUUCAGAUACAAUUUUCAACGUGCAAGAUGAGCACCAGGGUACAUACCGGAAGUUGUCGGAGGAGGAGCAGGUGCAGAUGCGGAGAGCUAGUUCCGAAGACACUCCUCCAAAAGUUACAAAAAAGCGCAUACGGCCUUUAAGCUUUACUUACGGCCAAGACUUGGCUCGAUCUAUUAGUGAAAAAUUCAAGAGAAAGUCAAAGGGAAGCCCCAAAAGUCCGAAAAAUUCUAAACACCUUACUUCCGGUCAGUUGAAACAAAACGUCGAGCGUAGUGACAGUUUCCCCGGAAGUGCAUCGAACACAGUACAGAAUGUGGCAGGAAUAACUGACAACCUAACCGGAAGUCGAGAUAAAACACCUACUGAACACAAAGCAGAAACAUUUCGACCAAGGGAGAUAAUAGAAAAUAUCCCGAAAAGACGAGUUGUAAGCGCCGAAAUGAACAUUCGUCCCGUUUCCGCGUCAUUUGUAGAAGGUCUGGUAAAGGGAACGACCACGCCUCCGUUAACUCCUCCACUUCCGGUUGCAAAAUCAAACUCGAGUGAACUAUCGGAUAAUUAUGACGUCAAAUGCGGAGAUAAAAACGGUAGCACCAAAGAUGACAGCGAUAAAAUUAAAAGACGAAAAAAGAAAAAGACACAUUCAUCGUCAUCUUCGUCUUCAUCCUCAUCAUCGUCAUCGUCUGAUACCGAGGCCGACAUGAAGACGAGCGACAAAGGUGUUGUACCGAAAGAAAGAUGUAUUUCGUAUUACGGUCCAGUUGUUAUGGACGGAAAGACUCUGAGGCUUCCAACCCAGGGGACGGGCAUGCGCAGGUACCACAGUCUCACGCUUCCUUGCUGGGACGGGACUGUCAUUAAGGAUG